GCGCGUGAUAUGAAAUGUAGCAGUAUUUGAUGAUUGUUUACAACGAAGUUAAAUAGUGUUGAAAACGUUGCAGUUUACCGUGAGCAUAAUAAAAUUUCAGAAUAAAAUGGAAACGGACACGGCAUGCAGUUCGAAACGCAAGCCGAUUUGCCUAAUUGUUCUCGGAAUGGCCGGCUCUGGAAAAACAACUUUUGUUCGCAAGUUGGCUCAAUACAAACAAGAUGAAAACAAUCCGUAUCUCAUCAACUUGGAUCCCGCCUGUCGAGAGGUUCCAUAUCCUGCAAAUAUAGAUGUACGAGAUACUAUCAACUACAAAGAAGUCAUGAAGCAGUACAAACUUGGACCAAAUGGUGGAAUCGUUACAGCUUUGAAUUUGUUUUCUACUAAAUUUGGCAAAGUAAUUGAGUUGGUGGAGCGAACGGAAGAGAAGCAUAAGUAUUGCGUAAUUGACACGCCUGGUCAGAUUGAGGUCUUCACCUGGUCUGCUUCUGGAACGAUUAUAACGGAAGCACUCGCUACAGCGUUCCCCACUGUCGUUGUUUAUGUAAUGGACAUUGUAAGAUCAACAAGUCCCACGACUUUCAUGUCUAACAUGCUGUACGCGUGUUCCAUCCUUUACAAAGCCCGUCUUCCAUUCAUCAUCGUGUUGAACAAGAUCGAUGUCCAGGACUUUUCCUUUGCGAUUGAAUGGAUGCAAGAUUUCGAGUCUUUCCAGGAAGCCCUUGAGAAUGAGACAUCGUACGCGAGUAAUCUAACCCGAACAAUGUCACUCACUCUGGAUGAGUUUUACCGGGAUCUGAAAGCUUGUGGCGUUUCAUCGAAAACUGGUAUUGGGUUUGGGAAAUUUUUCGAGCUUGUCGAGGAAGCCGCGAAAGAGUAUGUGACGGAUUACAAGGCUGAGUAUGAUAAGCUAAGGUUGGAGAAAAUGGCUGAACAGAAAAAGAAGGAAGCAGAAGACAUGAUGAAAAUAAAUCAGCAGGAAAAGGGACAGGAAGUACCAUUGGUAAAUGAAAUCAGUAGUGGUCGUGAAAUGGCAGAUAUUUAUCUUAAACAUCCUGGCAACGAAAGUUCUGAAGACGAAGAAGGCCACGAAGACAACGCUACAGUGUGUCCAGGUGAUGACGAAGUCGAGGAAGCCAACUUUAGUUCCUUUGUAAGAAAGCACAAGCAAAUACAACAGAUCGCAAAAGAACAAAUGGCCAAGAAUCAAGAGGAAUAAAGUAAAAAUACAUUUUGACAAACA